AACGCAUCAGUGAAGCUAUGCGCGCAUGCGUAGUAACAUGUAAACACAGGCGUAACGGCUGGCUGUGCUUGCUAACGGCGUGUUUUAGCUAUUGCGUUUAAACAAAACAAAAAAGAAAAAAGCUUUUUGAUUCGUCCUAAUUUAUCCGAUAUGUGGGGAUUAUAACGCUAUCAGGAAAUCUGUUUAAAGCGUGUUUCAGUAUAUGAACUUAAGUUAGCUACUUUUCCCGUAUCAGCGUAAGGGUUAACGUUGUUAGCUUGUCGGUGACGAACAAGAACGAGGGAUUGUUAAGGUUUAUGAUACACCAUUUAGCCAUUACGUGAUGUAAAGUACCCGUGAACCUUGCAUAUAUACAUAUACACUCUAUUAUUUUCUGUGUCUAGUUGCAAUGGCUAAUUUCAUAACUUAAAACCCAAUUAGCCACCCAGUUAGGUAAGCUUGCUGCCAAAUGCAGGCUACCUGCUAACGAGUUUCUUGGACGUGGUGAGAGAUUGUCGAAGGAAUUCAUCGACAUUGAUGAAUUUAUGGUCAUCACAUGUUGACUGAAAGCAGGAAAAGGCAGCACAGUUGUGGUGAUGAGCGUGGCCACCUGGUUCCUCAAGCCAAAAGGCAGAAGAACCAAACUCACCCGCUCUCGCCUGAGCCGGGAAGGGAUGCCUGGGACUCCGAGUCAUCCAACAGCUCCAGCAUCCUCAGCACUCCGGAGCACGCCUCCGGCAGCUCCAGCAGCAGCCGCUGCGCCGCCGGCCCUUGCAGCCCCCUCAGCUCCAGCGACUGGUGCGACCCGCCCGCAUCCUACCUGCACAUCAACCGCAUCCUGAGGGAGGCGCACUUCCAGAGCCUGCACAGCCGCUGCCAAGCGCGAGAGACGCAGCAGUGACCUCGCUCGAUAGUUCCUGGUCAGGUGUCGGGGCGGGAGAAGAAUCAGCAAUAAUUUAAGAACUGGGAGCAAACUAACACUAAGCUCGGACGGGAGCUGCAAAAAUGACAAGUUUAGGACCAGUCGCUUUGACUCGUUUAGGAUGUUUGGGUGGUUCUGAAGUCUCAGGAAUUUCCCCCUCAUUAAGUUAAAAAAAAAAAAAAAACUCCACUCCAGCUUCCACAUGAUGAAAUGUCCCAAUUUGCACCUUUGUUAGUGACUUAUUUUGGCUUUUUCUUUCUGCUCAGUGAUGAGGAACAACAACUAAAUAAGUAAAAGUACUCAAUGCGGCUCCUUAUGUGUUCCUGUGCAAGUCCAUUCAUGUGCACUGCGCAUCCCAAAAGCCAGGACAAAAGCUAAGCCUUUCUUUCUUGCAGCAUUUUUCUCUUCUUCUUCCACCCCCCCCCCCCCCCCCUUCCUGUAUUUAGUACUGUACAUGAUGUUGACACUCUUCUUGUAAAUCACUUCAAAAUAAAAAUGUUUUUUUUUAGUA